AUGCGGUUUCCCUCCGUUCUAGUUGUGGAAUUAAUCAUAUUUUUUGGUGUUUAUGUUGGCCAUGUGGAUGGAUGCCACACUGUUCGAAUGUUCCCAAAUAUUCAAAAUUUUCCAUUGUUCAAUGAAUUCUCUCCAAUCCUUUCCCAGAUUCCACUUUUUGCUUCUUUGGUUCCACGACCUCCACCAGUUCAUAAAGAUAAUGUAAUCAAAACUGGAAAUUGUGCUGGAGGAGAAAUCAUAAUAAUUACCGUAUUUCCUUGGAGAAAUGCAACAGUUGAGAGGAAUAUGAGACAUAUGGAUUAUGAGCUAGGCAGACUGCAAAAGUAUUCUGGGAUCUCGACAAACGAAUUUUGUCCGGAAAUCACUAAAACUCCAAUACAACACGGAUCAAACUUCGCCGUUGUCUAUCGUUUCCCUUACUUAACUUCGACUUGUGAUCGUGUUCGGCUGUUCGUUCGGAAUGCGGUAUCGUGGAGUUCAGAGGUCAGCCGAGCUCGAGUGAUUUGCGAAUGCGAUAAAAUCGUCGAUCUUGUACGUCAGUAA